AUGACCACAUCGAAAGGAACAUUCAUUCUAUUGCCGCCAAUUCCUGUAGAUGUUGGCAAGGCUCGUUGUAGGGUAUCUAGAGUCACAAUAGAUAAACAGAAGGUUGUUGAGGGUCAAUGGGUCCGCCUAUGUUUCGGAGAGGCGGUCAGUUUAAAUAGAAUCGCCAUUGAUGUUACGGUAAUUGUCAGGUUCAGGCGGGUUAAUGGAAAGGAUGUGGAAAAAAGGCAACUUUACGACCUGGGUUUUGUUUGGAAAGAUGGAUCGGAAGGCGUCAAGUGCCAGACUAUAAGAAGUAUGUUAAACAAUAUGCUUGUGUGCAAAGGAUUUGUGGUAUCCGAUGAAAAGCGUUGCCUAGAAAUUGAGAUUCUCAAUGCAUCUCCUUCCGAUGUCGUAUUGCUUUUCACAAAGGACACACUCAUCGAUUUCCUCGAUAGAGAAAACCAUGAGGUGGAUCCAGGUAACGCGAACGACAUCGAUUCGGUGAGCACGUCAUUGCAAGCCGUGAAACUGGAGGAGGGUGGUCCUAAAGAUAAAGAAGCUGUUCCCGGACUGGAGCAAGCUUAUGAAGCACUUUACGAAGUCGUUAGUUAUCCAUUGUUGUAUCCGGAUUUAAUUCAACGGUUGAACAUCGAAUGUCCCAAAGGUGUCUUGAUUUAUGGUCCACCCGGAGUCGGAAAAACCUUUCUCGUCAACGAAAUCGCAAAGGCCUGCAAUGCAAAAAUGGUUUCGAUUAAUGGGCCGGACGUGUUUGGCACGUAUGUUGGCGAAAGCGAAUCGAGAUUACGAGAUAUAUUUUCACAGGCUAGAUCCUUAACUGUCGAUGAAAAUUGUCCGGUCAUUUUGUUCAUUGAUGAAUUGGACGCGCUGACACCUCACAGGACCGAAGCGCAAUCCCACGAAUCACGCGUGGUCGCGCAGCUUUUGACACUGAUGGACGGUAUGAAGUCCCGAGGGAGGUUUGUGGUCAUUGCGGCGACCAAUCGACCAAAUGCUAUUGAUUCGGCUUUAAGAAGGCCCGGACGGUAUUAUCAAUUGUUUUUAACCUGGGUGCCUUCCGGUGAAUGUUGUGGUGAUGUUUUCUAUUUUUUAAUUGUCAGGUUUGAUCGCGAAAUUGCGGUUGACGUGCCAUCGGAAGAAUCACGUUGUAAAAUUCUGAAAUUACAGACAUCCACCAUGCCUCUUGAUGAGGAAGUUGAUCUCGCAUUGUUGGCUUCCAUUACGAGUGGAUACGUCGGUGCCGAUUUGGCGUCAUUUUGUCGAGAGGCCGCGAUGAACGCUGUACAUCGUAAAUUAAAGUUAAUUCAUGUUGAUGAGGAAGAAUCCUCAAGUACUUCAUCCAUCGUCACCAUGAGCGAUUUUUUGAAUGCGAUGUCGCGUGUUCUUCCUUCAAUGCAACGUGGAUUUCAAGUAAACAUUGAGAAGACAAGUUGGAAUGAUAUCGGCGGUUUGGAAUUGGUUAAGAAGCAAAUCAUUCAAGCUGUUGAAUGGCCCCUGAAACGGCGUGACACCUUUAAAAGGUUGGGUUUGAAAUCGCCUCGAGGAAUACUGUUGUAUGGGCCACCGGGAUGCAGCAAAACCACUCUAGUUAAGGCGAUGGCUUCGACUUCCGGAGUCACAUUUCUUUCCGUAAACGGUGCCGAACUUUAUUCACCCUUCGUCGGUGACUCGGAAAAAAUUAUAAGGUCCACUUUUCGAAGAGCUCGCUCAUCGACUCCUUCUAUCAUAUUCUUCGACGAAAUUGAUGCUAUUGUCGGAAAAAGAAGGUUGGGCAAAGUUUCGGAUGGCGGUGAUGGCGUACAAGAGCGUGUGUUGUCGACGUUAUUAAAUGAGAUGGAUGGCGUCGAGAUUACAAAUAAUGUUCUUGUGGUGGGAGCUACAAAUAGACCAGACAUGCUUGAUGAUGCAUUAUUGAGACCUGGAAGAUUUGACAAACUCAUCUAUGUUCCACCGCCGGACCUCCCAGCAAGAAAACACAUUCUAAGAAUACACACUUUAAAAACCCCACUGUGCGAGGAUGUUGAUCUGGAUGUUAUUGCAGAAAAGACUGAAAUGUACACCGGAGCGGAUCUUAUGAACCUAUGCAGAGAAUCCGCUAUGAUUUCGUUGCGGGAAGCGAAUGAUACAAUAGGAGUGAACAUGUCAAAUUUCUUUAGUGCGUUGAAAGUGGUGAAACCUUCGUUAAAUGAUAUGAUGAAUUAUGGAACAAAAAAGAGAGAAAAUACUCCUGAUAACCCGCCGGAGAACACAUCCAG